CUCAAUUAACUCCAAAUAAUCAUCAUUUCAUCAGAGCUACACAGUUUAAAAGGAUGAGGCUGAGAGCAGUCCAGAGCUUUCUGCGGUCAGUCAAUUCCAUUGGCCACCCCCACCAAACCAAACCGACCGCAUACCCAAAAUUUCUCCAACCACCAAUAGAGCCUCGCCUCACCCAGCGACAGACAACCUCACUCAUAUAAAAACCACCCGCCCUCACAAUGUUCUGCACCCGGUGCCUGCGCGCCACCGUCGUGCGCCGCCAAUUGCCCUUUUCACGACAAUUUUCAUCGUCGCUGCGCUUCUACUCUGCCGAACCGCAGCUGUCAACGCCCGUCGUCGACGCCGGCGAAGCGGCCAAGCCCACGCCCUCUUCAAGAUCCAUCUGCCCAGAGGGAACAGUGCUCAAUGGGCUCAACUACACAAAGGGCGGGCAAGACCCCGUCGCCCUGAAAGAUGAGGACUACCCGGAGUGGCUGUGGUCAUGCCUGGACGUCAUGAAGAAGGCCGAUGCCGAAGACGACAACCUCGGGGACGAGUUCUCAAAAUCCAAGAAACAGCGAAAACUCGCCGCCAAGCGCCAAAAGGCCCUCGAGGCCAAGCUCCUCGCCGAGGGCAACCUCGAGGCCCUCGCGCCAAAGGUGCCGCUGCAGCAGCAGUCCAUCAACUUGCCCGGCGACAAGAACGGCAGCGUCCUCGACAACAUUGCCGCGGCGGACAAGCGGGAGGAGCUGCGCAAGGCGAUGCGCAAGGAGAGGAGGGCCACGAUCAAGGAGUCCAACUACUUGAAGUCGAUGUAAAAGAAGAAGACGAAAAAAGGAGAGAAAAAUUGUAUCAACAGGAAAAGCGAGGGUUGGUUAUAUAGACACUUUGUACAAUACACAUCAAACGAAGCAUUUCAAAGACGAGGGCUUGAACGCUGGGAAAGUGUUUGGCGUAGUCUUGUUCAUGAAAGGCUCGGCCUGGACUGGCCAGGCUCUCCCUCGCAGGAAUAUAGUAGUUUCUUCCAUG